AUCUCAGUCCUAGCAGCCACCCUAUACCUAGAGGGAAUCAAGUGACCCGACUCUGACCUUGGGCUUCAGGCCAGAAAAGAGGGGGAGAGGAGGGCGGUGGGAAUGUGAGAAAACAGGGUGAAGGUGGAUCCAGACCCGCCCCUCCUCAGCUUCCUAUAAGGGCUGGGGACCUGGGACUACAGGUUCACUCACCAUGAGGACUCCCAUGAAACCGGGGACCUUCCUGCUGGCGUUUACGCUGCUCUGCACCCUCCUGGGUCUGGGGUGCCCGCUGAGCUGUGAAGUGUGCCGGGGCUCCGGGCCCACGUGCAGCGGAAAAAUGAAGGCCUGCGAGGCCGGCAAGGACGCAUGCGUGGUCAUCGUCGGGGAGUCGAGCACAAAGGGCCAUCACGCUCUGAACACCUACAAGGCCUGCAUGAAGUACAGCGACUGCUACACGGGAUUCGUGUCCACCACGAUGGGCCCCAAGGACUACAUGGUGUCCAACACCCGCUGCUGCCAGAGUGACGGCUGUAACCAUGGCUCCGUGCCCCCUCCUCAGAACAAUCGCACUGAGAACGGUCUCCAGUGCCCAGCCUGCAUCGCGCCCUUUCAGGAGACAUGCCCUGGGACCCAGGCAGCCCGCUGUGUUGGCCAGGAAACCCACUGCGUCUACUUCGCUGGCAACGUGCAGGCUGGUCUCAUCAACCCCAAAUUUGCCACUCGGGGCUGUGCUACAGAGAGUGCCUGCUACGCCAAGGCUGGGGCCAAGGUGCCUUCAGCCUCCUAUCUCUACUUCCUCCACCGAGCAGACUGCCUUCCAGCCUCCCAGCCCCCUAGCAGGGCAGAGUGAAGAACUGAGGAAUAUGUGGCUUGAGCCACAUAUUUGUCCUCAGCCUACACCUCCCCAUGUGCCUGAAUUCUUGUGAUAUGAUGCAUCUCAGGAAGGUAGGGUGCAGAAAACAGGGGUCCUAACCCUUGGGAACUUCCUCUUUGCAAGGAAGGGAGAGAAGACCCUACUGUUUAUUAAAGGAGUGCUCCCUGCUGGGCUGCUGUGCAGUGUU